AACUCGUUGUGUCUCAGGAACAAUCCUUGUUCUCGCGCUAUCGAGAUAUCAAGCUUCGCUAUCAAUUUCCAGCAUACGCAUCACGUGUUCGCUAAUCUUUUACUUGUCGAAUUAGUUGCUCGCACUUGUUGACAGUCAACAUGUCGGGAAACAAGAAAUCGGAUAUUCUAUACCUGUUUGAUCGACCCGCAGAGCCGGUGUACGUGCCCAAGGGAGAGAACCAAGUCGCUUUUCAAGUACCGGAUAACUAUCUGCCUGAAAAUCGACAAGCGAUGGCUCCUGCGGUGUUUAACCGUUUCGCUGAUGACACCAAGACAAGAGUUCAAGUGAAACAGAUUAGUCUGCCAGAUUUAAGCGUCCCUCUUCAACUUGGACGUCGAGAGCCCUUCUCUCUUUUCAUCCCUAAACAUCGAAAAUUAGCUGCGCGACUUAUUGACAUCUUUUUAGGUAUGCGAACCUACGACGAUUUUCUUUCGGUAUCUGUUUACUGUCGCGAUCGCGUUAAUCCCGAGAUGUUCGUUUACGCUCUCUCCGUGGCGAUCCUGCAUCGUCCCGAUACCAAGGAUUUGCCGAUACCACCGCUGUCGGAAAUUUUCCCGGACAAGUACAUCGACAGCGCGAUAUUUGCCAGAGCAAGGGAGGAAGCCAACAUUGCACCAACUGGCUCCAGGUUGCCCAUCGAAAUUCCGCGAGAUUAUACCGCGUCGGAUCUCGACGAGGAGCAUCGCGUGGCUUACUGGAGAGAAGACAUCGGGCUCAAUCUUCAUCACUGGCACUGGCAUCUGGUCUAUCCAUUCGAGACUGACAUAAGGAUUGUUAACAAGGAUCGACGUGGCGAGCUAUUCUAUUAUAUGCACCAUCAGAUCCAAGCUAGAUACAAUUGCGAACGUCUGUGCAACCGAUUGGGUCGGGUGAAGCGUUUCCACAAUUGGCGCGAGCCGAUCCCGGAGGGUUACUUCUCCAAGUUGGAUUCGUUGGUGGCCAGUCGCACCUGGCCGGCCCGUCCGGCCGGUGCCGUCCUCAAGGAUAUCAACCGUCCCGUGGAUCAACUCAGUUUCGAUCUUCAAGAUCUGGAGAGAUGGCGCGAUCGCAUCUACGAAGCCAUUCACACCGGCGCUUACAUCAACCCCCGAGGCGAGAGGGUGCCUUUGACCGAGUUUGGCGGCGUGGACGUGCUCGGUAAUAUUAUGGAGGCCAGCAUUCUGUCGCCCAAUCAAAAUGUCUACGGGGAUCUUCAUAAUCUCGGUCACGUUGCUAUUUCUUACUGUCAUGAUCCGGAUCAUCGCUACUUGGAAACUUUCAGCAUCAUGGGAGAACCGGCCACCGCUAUGAGAGAUCCCAUCUUCUACAGAUUCCACGCUUUCGUCGACGAUGUAUUCCUGGAGCACAAGAAUACACUUCCCGAGUACAGCCUACAGCAGUUGGACUUUCCCGGCGUGGAAAUCACGGACAUAGGAGUGCAGACUCCGAAUCAACCGGAAAAUCUUCUCGCUACUUUCUGGAACAAGAGCGACGUCGAUUUAUCCCGCGGUCUCGAUUUUACACCGCGCGGUCCGAUUCUUGCUAGAUUCACUCAUCUGAAUCACGCCGAUUUCACAUACAAAAUCACUGCCAACAAUCGCAAUAACGCACCGCGCCGAGGAACCGUUCGUAUAUUCAUGGCCCCCAGACAGGACGAACGUGGACUGCCUUACGUCUUUAGAGAUCAGAAGGAGCUCAUGAUGGAAAUGGAUAAAUUCACUGUGCUAUUGAAACCAGGACAGAAUACUAUCGAACGUAAAUCAACGGAGUCCUCGGUAACUAUACCGUUCGAAAGGACAUUCCGCAAUCUCGAAGAGAACAGACCGAUCGGCGGCGAUAGUCUGGAACAGUUCAACUUUUGCGGGUGCGGCUGGCCGCAGUACAUGCUGAUACCUAAGGGAAAGGAGGAGGGAUUCCCAAUGGACCUCUUCAUCAUGAUAUCCGAUUACACCGGUGACGCGGUGGAGCAGCCCGAAUCAAGGGAUGGAUGCAGGGACGCCGUGAGCUACUGCGGUCUGCGGGACCGCAAGUAUCCGGACGCGCGACCCAUGGGUUAUCCGUUCGAUCGCAGAGCUCGAGUUGGCGUCGAGACUCUGCCCCAAUUCCUCACCGGUAAUAUGGCGGUCACGCAGAUCACUAUCCGCCACACGGACACUGUGCUACCGCGAAUGCGAUCCGGAAGCAUGAGCAACACCCUCACCUUCGCCUGAAUCUGAUGAUUGACCGACCGACCGACCCACGGAGCACUCUCAUGUACCUCCGCCGAGAAUUCCGUCACCUCCGAUCUUCGCCGCAUUCCCGCGAUCCUGCAAUAUCCGUCGGAGAUCGCGACUGAUUGCGGGGGAGGAAGGGGGCAGGAAGGGGUGCAAGAGACAUGGUUCUAUCUAGUCUAUAUCCUUGGACGAUGAAUGCCGGAAUGACGGGACGAGAGUGAACGAGAAAAGCCGGAGGUUGGACGACACGCUAUUUCCAUAUUUUCAAGACGCAGGAUUAUUCGGAGAAUCUUUUCUUGACGCAGGAACGCACAAUCUUGUACAAGAAUAAUUGCUCUCUAAACGCGAAAUUGAUUCUCCCUCGAAAAACGAUAUUUCACUUUAGUUGUGUUCAUGUUGUAAAACAUAGCGUUACUCUCCUAUUUUGCCGCAAUUUUUUUUUCAUGCGUACUUAGUUUCUUUUUAGUUAUUUUAGCAUACAUUUAUAUAAAUAUAGCGCUUUGUAUCUGCGUAGCUUACAGUUAUAUUUGCGUACUUCUCUUAUAUUUUAAUUUUAAUUUUAUAAAUGUUUUUCUAUUACGCGAAUCAAUUCUAUUUGAAUCUUUCUCUCGAACGAUUCUGUAGAGAUUGUUAUAUUUACGAUUUCACAAUUUACACGUCUACGAACAAUAAGUACCGCUUAACAAAUGUAUCUUUGCGUAAAAACGGGAACAAAGACAUGCCUCGGACGCCCAAGCGAAGCUUUUCCUGUCUUCUUUCUCUCGUUUCACCCGCAUUACGGAAACUAGAUUGUAGGAAGCAGCAAAUGUAAAAAGCAAAAAAAGAUAAAAAUAAAGUCUAUGCAAAUUAGA